UUAGCAUUCCGUGGAUCUCUGGCCUUUUCAAGUGAUCAUCGGCUUCUCAGCUUGAUCGUACUGCUGCAACAAAUUUCUUCCAUGUCUGCGAAUGUUCCUCCGGCAGCUAGACUUGACCACAGCCCUCAGGCCAUCGCUCUACGAUGACGAGACUUUACUCUUUGUGCAGGACAGCGUCGGACUCUACGAAGGCAAAUACAAGAUUCCCAACUAUCAGCAUGGUCAUGCCUAUCUCACAUCGCAUCGAGUGUGCUAUAUCGACAAUGAAGAACCAAGAAAGUACUCCGUUGCAGUGGACCUCAAGGAGAUCGACCGGAUCGAGUUCUAUGCUGGGUUCCUCAAGUCAUCGCCGAAGAUUACACUAUUUCCCAAAGCAUUGAAGAAAUCAGCAUUGGGAGUUCGUAGUCCUGUCCCGAAGUACGCCUCUCCCAGCGACGCUCUCGUCGGAGCUGCGACUUCAUCGCCACGCUUGACGCCUCAGUCGACCGCUCCUUCUCGAGACAUCAACGCUACCUGGAUCUGUCCAAUAUGCGGCCUGUCAAAUCCAGUGCCUUCAAACUUCGAUCCUUCCACGGCGAACCAGCACACACCGCUUCCACCAUGUCAGGCCUGUGGGAUCAAGCCACCACUCGUGCAUCUAGUGAGGGCAGCAAUCGCAGCCAUGUCGAAUCACAUUGGAGGAGGAGUCUCCUCACCACGAAACUCAAUCGAUGUAUCCUCUGUAAAUGCAGGAUCGUCCUCGCUGCAGCAGUCGGCCACGACACCCAACCAAUGUCCACGGUGUACCUUUCAAAAUCAUCCUUCCUUGUCGACUUGCGAGAUCUGCGGUGCAUCGUUACAGAAUGCCUCUCAUCGACGCUCACAAAUCAUAGAAUCCGCGAUAAAUCGGCCUGAGAGUCCUGGACCUUCGUUGAGCACCAACACUAUCAUCGGAGACGACACGAUCGAGACGAUCAAAUUCUCGUUCCGCGACGGUGGAGAAAAGACUUUCACAGAGCGACUGAGGGGCGCUCUUGUGCAGCGCAAAUGGCUCUUACAAAGUGCGCCUCCAGUUCCGCGAGCACCUCAAACCCCACCACAGUCAGGUGGAUUUUCGAGGCCGCCAGACUCUCCAGCUCCAGCCAGCACACCGCAACGAGUCGUCGGUAUAGCAGGACUGGAGCAGCGAGGUGCAGCACUACGUCAGAACAACCAGGCCGUGAUAGGAACUGCAUUUGAAGAUCUCGAAGCUUUGAUGACAUCCGCGAAAGAAGUCAUCAAGAUGGCCGAGCAGUUCGCAAUGCAGUCGAACGGGACGACUGACGGCGAGACUAGAAAGCUGAUAUCGGACUCGACUUCGGCACUUGGAUUGAUCACAACGAAAGACAUGCUCGGAUCCGGCUCAUCCGCUGAGCAGACCUACCUCACGGAGUUGUCGCGAGAUCUGGCAGAAUAUCUCACCGACGAUAGGAAAGGCAUACUGCGAAAGGAAGGCGGAAUCAUGUCACUUGUCGAUCUAUGGCAAGUCUUCAAUCGGACCCGAAACGGCAUCGAACUCAUAUCGCCUGCGGACUUUGGGAAAGCGGCGAAUAUGUGGGAUAAUCUUCGGUUGCCGAUUCGUCUACGUCGAUUUCGUAGUGGUCUGCUUGUCGUACAAGAACGAAGUCGGACGGACGAGAAGACGAUUGCAAGUCUCCUGGCCUGGCUGCGACAGCCACAGAACCACUCUCUGCCUGUUGAUCCGGUCACGAACGAAUUAGAAUUCGGUAGAGGCGUGACAGCACAUGAGACCGCAGAGCGUUUCGGCUGGAGCGUGGGAGUUGCAACUGAGGAGCUCGAGAUGGCUGAAGAGACUGGCGCCAUUUGUCGAGAUCAGUGUCUUGAUGGCAUUCGUUUCUGGAGCAACUCUUUCAUGCUGUUUUCUCCUCCUCCUCAGAUAGUGUCUUGA